AUGUCUAGUAAUAACAUUGUAUUCUUUAAAAUAUGGAGAAAUAUAAUCUUAAAAAGAGAGAUUAUAAAAUGGAUUCGGUUAACUCAUCAAACAAUACACCCCAAUCGACAUUGUCGUAUAACCUUUGAUCAAGUCAAUUUAAAAGAAUCGAUCAGACUUGGUAUAGACAUGGGAGUGGUCAGGGAUAGAAUGAAACUUGACCCUGUUAUUACAAAACAACAACUAAGUUUGGAUGACAAUCAAGAAUUCUUUUCUUCAAAGGAUGUAUUGAGAAGAUAUGUCGACAUUUUCAAUCAAUUCGAUAGACCUUUUGUAGAGAACUACUUUGCAGACCAUGUAUCAAAGGAUCUUUGUUUCUCACGUCAUCCAGAGAUGUUGGUAGCACUACACAGUAUUCUAUUGGAGAAAGGAGUAAAGGAUCGAUUUGCAACAGUAGAGACUCUCAAAAAUGUAAUGUGGUGUCAAGGGAGCAAGAGUUUCAACUAUGCAAUAGAUCUACUUGGUGUGGUCAUUGGUCAAAAGGAUUACCCCAAACUGAUUGAACGUGCAUCUAGUUGUUCAAAUGUACGUGUCGAGGCUACAUUGGUCACAGCCUAUCUCCCAGUGUACACUGGAGAAGUUAAUUGGAGAUCAAUAGAAACCUUGAAGCAAAUGUUCAAAGAUAAAGAGUAUAAGAGUAUCAAGAUGCUCUCAAAGUGUGGAUCAAAAUUCAAAGGUUGGGUAGAAAGAGAAGAUUUCCACAAUUUGGCAAUCGAUAGCAACAAUUUGGAUUUGGUAGAUCAGAUGUAUAGGAUUUCAGGAACAUUCAGUCGAAAGAGUCUAGAAACUGCCUUUGAGACCAAAAAUAUUAGCAUUAUCCAAUUUGUUUACUCAAGAAUCAAAAGAGAUGUACAUUUUACAGAGUCUGGCCUCGUUACAAAAGUCCGCUCAAUCAAGAGGAAACAUCCAAAGCUAUUUGAAGAUAUUCAAUUUAUAGAGGAUCUUUACAACUUGUCUAGAAAAUACUUUAAAAUUACUUUUGAUUUUCUGGGCAACCAAAAGAUAAUCAACAAAUCAUCAAGACAAUCAUUAAUUGAUCAAAAAGAAUUUUUAAAUCUAUUUAAUAUUACAAAUAUUCCUUUAUUUGAAUUUAAUACAAAUAAAAUAAAAUAA